AUUCUUUCUUCGGCGCCCUCUCAUUCCUGGCGGUGACCUCAUAUCGCUGCGCCAUGCCAUUAUCAGAGCUCCUCAAGAAACGGACGCCGUGCACAAUUUCUCCUUAUCGCGGGAUGCUGUCACAUGGGAAAAUGCAGACAGCGCCAAACUUUUGUUAUUUACGUUAGGAGAAGAAAGGAAAAGAAGAAAAAAGACUAUGCCUAACCUCCUGUGCUGUAACAGUGCAGUUCUUCUACCUUAGCCGUGUCUGGGCCGGCUGCACGCUGCCUGUCUGUCAAGCGGUAUUGCAGAAACCCUCUGAUCCAUUGCUGGUGAGUGCAUUUCACGCAACACCGCCUUCUGCAGCUCAGGCUUUACCACCUUCGUGCUUGCAAUGAACUGUGAAGAUCCAGACGGAUUCAAAAUGUUACAGUCUGUCCUUGCGAUCCAGCAGCUGAUCAUCUCAGCCAUCGUGGUGACGUGCUUUGUGGCCACCAAGACCCUUCUCGACAAUUACCGAAAACGCCAGGCUCGAAUGUGCACGGUCAUCGUUGGGGCCGGCCCAGUCGGCCUGACCGCCCUCAUGGUGGCCGCCAAGAGUGGUCGAGUGUCCAAAAUAGUGCUGUACGAGGAACAAGGGAAGCAGAUGCUGUUUAACACGCCCCACCAGAUAGCCUUUGAUUCCAAGAGCGUGUGCUUCUUGCGGAAGCUUGGGGUAGACUUCGAUAACAUCGAGGGAUGCUGGGACUGCGGGUGUUUCUUCACGAGACUCGGAGUGUUCUUGGAAUAUAUGCUGAGUGUUGUGUACCGACUACCCGUGCCAGUGGAAGUUCGGCUGGGUACUAAGUUUACCCGAGAGUGUCUACGCGAGCUUGAAGGUUUGGAAGGAAGGAAGAUGGUUAUCGCUUGUGAUGGGGCUAACGGACAAACGGGGCGCCACCUAGGACUCAGCGACGAGUACACCCAACAUUCCUGCAGGUUCUACGGCGCUGUUGCGAUGUUCGAGAGAACAGCAGAGUGUCAGAUCCCACUGCGGGAACGACGCCAGCACAAUCUGCACUUUGACCUGACAGCGUACGGUGCCGACAGCGGGGACGUGGACGGCCAUCAGGGCUUCUCCCUCAAAAUUUUCGGCACGUCACGCCAUAGGUACCUGACGUUGGUCAUCCCCAAGUGCGAGACGCCGCUUGUCAAAGCCCUCCGCGUUGUCCUCGACAGAUCGAUGAUGCGCAACAUUUUCCUCAAAUGCUUCAACACUUACAAGAGCGAAAGCGAAUCGACCUUGAGUGAUUCCUAUGCCCUGAAGCACAUGAAGUUCAGCCCCAGGUUGUUUGAAAUAAAACUUUCGCAACGCCUGGAAACGGCGGCAUACUUUCAAGACAUGGACAUCUUUGUCGUCGCGGAAGGAGAGGCAGCCCGGUGCUAUAACAUCAAUACGGGUUUGGACGUGAACAUUGGCAUCCAAGGGCUCCAGUCGUUGCAGCAGUUUCUGGACAUGGCUGCUGUGGCGGACUCCGAACACUCCAUACUGACAGCUCUCGCCUUGAAGUCUCAACACGCAGAACAAGUUUGCAAAGACUUUCUCAGGAACGGACUUCGGGAACAGAUGAUGACGUAGACCGCAACAGACAUUUUUUGAGUGUGUCUUCGCAAAUGAGUGAAUGGCUUGAAGUUGAAAGAGGGUGAAUAAGUUUGGCCUUUGAGACUUUUGGAGCCGCUGUCUUGUGCCGCUGGUGAUGGUAGGAAGGUGCAUGCCGUGGCGACGAAAAAACAAAAUUACAAACAAAAUAUUCAAUAGAUUUUAAUUCUUUAAGGAAGAAAACAUCUAUAAUUUUAGUAGCAUUCAGAGCAGACGAAAGAGUGAAAAAAGAAGAGGUAAUUGCCUGACACAUGAGUGCCCUAGAAAAGGGAAUCACAUUUCACGAUUUCUGCGGCCUUUAGGUAAUGGAGCAAUUAUAAUUUUUUAAAAACAGUAGUUAAACAUCUUGGAUGUAACUAAAUAACAUUCUUUCUUUAAAUAAUUUUUAGAUUGUUUUUUAUUGCCAUUUUUUAACUUUUAGAAAACAUUUUGGGACUUAUUUUGAUCCGUUAUCAGCUAGGGCGUAUUACCAAGCUAUAGAGACCAGGGACAAGAACAUACGUUUGGGGAGAAAGUGCACAAACAUCCGUACUGUGUAAUAAUAUCGAGAAAGAAAAGAAAUAUUAACGAGAACACAAGCGCGCUCGCUUGUGUGCCUGUUUAGACGGUACGAUCUUUAUCUAAAUUUACGCCACAAAAUUAGACUAGUCAUCGAAUUUGAAAUUACCAUCCACGACACACACAUGUCUUAGUUCACCAGAUGUGCUCCUAUUGUCAAACAAGUUCCUAAAUCUGUAACUUUAUUUUUAAAAAAUGCAAACCACGUUAAUGUUUUUGUACGACAAUCUUAUGAAACCCUGUCCCUUGUGAUAAGUAGUAACAAACCUGCGUUACACACCUUAUCGUUCACUCUGCUCGUACAUAUCAUUGUUAGCUCUAGGACCUCUGGCUUUUGAAUGACAUAUUCACUGUUUCUCGAACAUCAGCAGCAAUCUUUUAUUUCGCAGUAGUUUAUAUAGCUUAAAGCAAAUUUUUUUUCUCUGGCAUCUGCAGCAUGGUAUGGACCUGAAUCCUAGAUAAGUAUGAUUAAGUUUUAAUAAUAAGUUUUAAAGAAUGUCCUCAAGAAACAAUGAAAAUAUCCCCUCUAGUCUUUAAGCCUUUCUUCCUCAGAAUUUUUUUUUUUAAAUCAAAAAAAAAAAAAAAAAAAAGAAGAAAUAUUUCUUUCACUGUAGAGCAGCAUUAUUGCGAGGCAGCUAUAAUGCCAGUGCUGUUGCCUGUGCAUGCAACGCGCUAAUCUGUAUCUCGACUGUCACAUGGAACUGACACCGACUCUAUCGACCGCCUUUUUCCAGCAUAAUUUUUGUUUUGAAGAAUGCAAAGACCUUGAUUUCCCUGCUUGAGAUAUCAAUUUAUACAGCUUGAUCAUUUUAAUUUUUAUAUCCACGAUAAGGAAUCUGCAUCCGUUUCACUCCACUAGGAAGUUUAUCGCGUGUACUUUUUUUCUUCUCUGAGUGUCGACAGCUUAUUUGCAGUCACUGCAUCCCACGAGUGGUAAUUAAGUGUAGAAUAGACAUGGGGAAGGCUGGGGAAAAAAAGAGUGGUUGAGAGGAGACGAGUCUCAAACACUUCGUAAACAAUAAUUUGCCUCCACAAGAUACGUAUCUACAACACAUACUCAUAUUUUGUCACUGGAACAAAAAUUGUCGUUACUUGUAUAUUGACUUCUGAAAGCAUUCCACCAUGUACAUCACUUCGCCCACCAUUAAUAAAUCUGUGUAUCUGCACUGCCCCCUCGAAACUGUGCACAUUCACGUGACUUCAAUCUGUGAUCCAGUUAAUGUUGUGGUUCGGUUGUCAUAUCGCCUAUGGUGUGCUAGCUUGUGUACGGCAGAGGCUCCCCAAAGAAUUUUAUGAUAUCCAAAAUUGUUUUUAAAUUAAAAUAAUGAAACACGC